UAGGCUGCUCGCCAGUCAGUCAUUUGACAUUGCUCCUGCGAGAAGGUUGUCCGCGCUCCGAAAUCCAGAAUCAGAAUCCUCCGUCGCCAUCGUCGCGUCCUGCGGAUGAGUGAGUGAGAGUGUUAGUGUGCGGGUGUGUGUGUGUUUUUUAGCUACCCGUUACCACUUCUGGGAUACAUAUAAAAGUGCCACCUCCCUCCAAACCCCAUUCAAAAUAAAAUACCCAUCGCAGAGCAGUGAAAAAUUAAACAAGUGUUACCUAAGCCCAAAAAACUACAGUAGCCAUAGAGUAGCAGUUUAAAGGUCUCGCCGAGAUGGCCCAGUUUGUGACCCACAUCCAGCCUACGCUGCUGGAGGCAUCACAAGGUCAUGUCCCCCAUCAUCAUGGACACCAAGUAGGAGUGCAGCACUCCUCCCAUUUACCUCACAGUGGCCACAACAUGCCCUCUCCGCCCACUGCCCACAACCACCAUCAUGGACACGGGCACGGGCAUAGUAGUGCUGCUCAUCAUUCGCAUCCUCACAAGCAAUCAAAGGAUACUCAUCACACCUCAACCGGACACACCUCCAAGAAGGACCAUCACAGUCCCCCAUCGCAGGUGUCUUCGCCUCCGGCAGAGCAUCAUCCCGAUCAUCCCGGACACUAUGAGUACUUUCAGCACCAGCACGAGGUGGCCUUCCACCACGAAGGAGGGGCUAACAGCAAGCCUCACCAUCAGCAGCAGUCACACCAUCACCACUCCACCAAUAAGCACGAGCACUGCCCCACAGGACACCAGAGUGCGGGUGAUGGCAAUACUUCCUUCCUCCGGGCCGCCCGCGCUGGCAAUCUGGAGCGCGUGCUCGAGCAUUUGAAGAACAACAUUGACAUCAACACCAGCAAUGCGAAUGGCUUGAACGCUCUGCAUUUGGCCUCUAAGGAUGGCCACAUCCAUGUGGUCUCGGAGCUGCUGCGUCGCGGGGCGAUCGUGGAUAGUGCCACCAAAAAGGGCAACACGGCUCUCCACAUCGCCUCGUUGGCCGGUCAGGAGGAGGUGGUGAAGCUGCUGCUGGAGCACAACGCUUCCGUCAAUGUGCAGUCCCAGAACGGAUUCACGCCCCUCUACAUGGCCGCCCAGGAGAACCACGAUGCUGUGGUUCGCCUGCUUUUGUCCAAUGGCGCCAACCAGAGCCUGGCCACCGAGGAUGGCUUCACGCCUCUGGCCGUGGCCAUGCAACAGGGUCACGAUAAGGUUGUGGCCGUGCUUCUCGAGAGCGAUACUCGUGGAAAGGUCAGGCUACCGGCCCUGCAUAUUGCCGCCAAGAAGGACGACGUCAAGGCAGCUACCCUGCUCCUAGAUAAUGACCACAACCCGGACGUAACUUCUAAGUCGGGCUUCACCCCGCUGCACAUCGCCUCCCAUUACGGCAAUCAGAACAUUGCCAAUCUGCUGAUCCAGAAGGGAGCCGAUGUCAACUACUCGGCCAAGCACAACAUCAGUCCCUUGCAUGUUGCAGCCAAGUGGGGCAAGACCAACAUGGUCUCCCUCUUGCUGGAAAAAGGCGGCAACAUUGAGGCCAAGACCCGGGAUGGACUCACCCCUCUGCACUGUGCCGCUCGCUCGGGACACGAGCAGGUGGUGGACAUGCUGCUGGAGCGAGGAGCUCCCAUCAGCGCCAAAACCAAGAACGGACUCGCUCCACUGCACAUGGCCGCUCAGGGUGAGCACGUGGACGCCGCCCGCAUUCUCCUGUAUCACCGUGCUCCGGUCGACGAGGUCACCGUGGACUACCUAACCACCCUACAUGUGGCCGCCCAUUGUGGUCAUGUGCGUGUGGCCAAGUUGCUCCUGGACAGGAAUGCUGAUGCAAAUGCCAGGGCUCUGAAUGGAUUCACGCCCUUGCACAUCGCCUGCAAGAAGAACCGCUUGAAGGUGGUGGAGCUGCUACUGCGGCAUGGUGCCAGCAUUAGUGCCACCACGGAGAGUGGUCUGACGCCACUCCAUGUGGCCGCCUUCAUGGGUUGCAUGAACAUUGUCAUCUAUCUGCUGCAGCACGACGCCAGUCCCGAUGUUCCCACUGUUCGCGGGGAGACGCCACUCCAUCUGGCCGCUAGAGCCAACCAGACCGACAUCAUUCGCAUCCUGCUGAGGAAUGGCGCCCAGGUGGACGCCCGUGCCCGAGAGCAGCAGACUCCUCUGCACAUCGCUUCCCGACUGGGCAACGUGGACAUCGUGAUGCUUCUGCUGCAGCAUGGAGCUCAGGUGGAUGCCACCACCAAGGACAUGUACACAGCGCUGCACAUUGCCGCCAAGGAGGGCCAGGACGAGGUGGCUGCUGUGCUUAUUGAAAAUGGCGCCGCCUUAGAUGCCGCCACCAAGAAGGGCUUCACGCCCCUUCAUCUGACCGCCAAGUACGGACACAUCAAGGUGGCCCAGUUGCUGCUCCAAAAGGAGGCCGACGUGGAUGCCCAGGGCAAGAAUGGAGUUACCCCGUUGCAUGUGGCCUGCCACUACAAUAACCAGCAGGUGGCUUUGCUGCUCCUCGAGAAGGGAGCCAGUCCUCAUGCCACGGCCAAGAACGGGCAUACACCACUCCACAUUGCCGCUCGCAAGAAUCAAAUGGACAUAGCAACCACUCUGCUGGAAUACGGAGCCCAGGCCAAUGCCGAGAGCAAGGCCGGCUUCACACCACUCCACUUGAGCAGCCAGGAGGGACACUCUGAGAUUUCCAACUUACUGAUUGAACACAAGGCCGCCGUGAAUCACCCGGCCAAGAACGGACUUACCCCGAUGCAUCUCUGCGCCCAGGAGGACAACGUGAACGUGGCAGAGAUCUUGCAGAAGAAUGGAGCCAAUAUCGACAUGGCCACCAAGGCGGGCUACACCCCACUGCAUGUCGCCUCGCACUUCGGCCAGGCCAAUAUGGUCCGCUUCCUGCUGCAGAACGGUGCCAAUGUGGAUGCGGCCACCUCGAUUGGGUAUACUCCCCUCCAUCAGACCGCCCAGCAGGGGCACUGCCACAUUGUGAACCUUCUGCUGGAGCACAAGGCCAAUGCCAAUGCCCAGACCGUCAAUGGACAAACUCCGUUGCAUAUUGCCCGCAAGUUGGGCUACAUCAGUGUCCUGGACUCCCUGAAGUCCAUUACCAAGGAAGACGAUAGCACCGCAGCUCCUGCCCAGACCGAGGAGAAGUAUCGCGUCGUGGCUCCCGAGGCCAUGCACGAGUCCUUUAUGUCCGACUCCGAGGAAGAGGGCGGUAACACAAACUGGGAACUGGACGCCGGAUACGAGUACGGCAUUGGGCCAGGUCGGUCAGAUGCCCACGUCUAUCUGCCGUACUACCAGGGCGACCAUCUCUAUGUGACCAGCGAAGACAAUAUGCUAUCAGAUCAACCAUACCGUUAUCUGACCGUUGAUGAAAUGAAAUCCCUAGGCGACGACUCUCUGCCGAUCGACGUGACCCGGGAUGAGCGCAUGGACUCCAACCGGAUGACCCAGAGCACCGAGUACGCCUCCGGCGUACCGCCCACCAUCGGCGAGGAGGUGAUCAGUCCCCAUAAGGCUCAGGUAUAUGGCAGUUCACCCAAGGCCACCGUGGAUGGUGUAUACAUUGCAAAUGGAUCUGGACACGACGAGCCACCUCAUGUGGGCCGUAAACUAAGCUGGAAGAGCUUCCUUGUCUCCUUCCUAGUGGAUGCCCGUGGAGGCGCCAUGCGUGGCUGCCGUCACAGCGGCGUCCGCAUGAUCAUCCCCUCGCGCUCCACCUGUCAGCCGACACGGAUCACUUGCCGCUACGUGAAGCCGCAGCGCACCAUGCAUCCGCCUCAGCUGAUGGAGGGCGAGGCCCUGGCCAGCCGAGUGCUGGAGCUGGGUCCGUGCUCCACCAAGUUCAUUGGGCCGGUGGUCAUGGAGGUGCCGCACUUCGCCUCGCUGCGCGGCAAGGAGCGCGAGAUUAUUAUCCUGCGCUCAGACAAUGGAGAAACUUGGCGGGAGCACACUAUUGAUAAUUCCGAGGAGAUAAUCCACGAUGUCAUGCAGCAGUGCUUCGAGCCGGAGGAAAUCGCUCAACUGGAGGAACAGGCUGGCAACCACGUUUGCCGAUUCGUCACCUACGACUUCCCCCAGUACUUCGCUGUGGUGUCGCGCAUUCGCCAGGAGGUGCAUGCCAUUGGACCCGAGGGCGGCAUGGUGUCCAGCACCGUGGUGCCACAGGUGCAGGCCGUCUUCCCCCAGGGAGCGCUCACCAAGAAGAUCAAAGUGGGCUUACAGGCCCAGCCGGUCGAUCCCGAUCUAACCGCAAAACUGCUCGGCCGUGGGGUGGCCGUAUCCCCAAUUGUUACGGUUGAGCCGCGGCGUCGCAAGUUCCACAAGGCCAUCACCCUCAGCAUGCCCGCCCCCAAGGCCCACAGCCAGGGGAUGAUCAAUCAGUACUCCGGGAACACUCCCACCCUCCGCCUGCUCUGCUCGAUCACAGGUGUGUUUCGGAAAAGGUCUCUAAAAGGCGGACCGUCUCGUGCCCAGUGGGAGGAUGUCACUGGCUCCACGCCCCUGACCUUUGUCAACGAUUGUGUCUCAUUCACGACUACAGUGUCCGCUCGUUUCUGGCUGAUGGACUGUCGAAAUAUUUCCGAUGCCACCAAGAUGGCCACCGAGCUUUACAAGGAGGUAAUCCACGUGCCCUUCAUUGCCAAGUUUGUGGUCUUCGCAAAGAAGAUCGAACCCUACGAAGCCCGGCUCCGGGUAUUCUGCAUGACCGACGAUCGCGAGGAUAAGACGCUCGAGAAGCAUGAGCUUUACACCGAGGUGGCCAAGAGCAGGGACGUGGAGGUGCUGGAAGGCAAGCCUCAGUUCAUUGAAAUGGCCGGAAACCUAGUGCCCGUGACCAAGUCCGGCGAUCAGCUGCAAUUGCAGUUCAAGGCUUUCCGCGAGAACCGUCUGCCCUUCACAGUCCGUGUCAAGGAUCAGCAUGCCGAUAUUGUCGGUCGCACGCUGUUCAUGAAGGAGCCAAAGGUGGCCAAGGGAGAGCCACCGCAACAGCCCAUCUGUAUCCUGAACAUUGUUCUUCCGGAGGCAGUGAUACCGGACUCAACCACCGCAUUCUCGGAUCGCGUCACUUCCGCUUACAGGACUUCGAUGUUCAGUUUAAGCAAGCACCAGAAUGAUCACUACAUCGGCGAUAUCCGCAUCGUAGAUCUUUCCAACCUAUUGGGUAAGGAUUGGAUCCAACUAGCCCCGGAGAUCGGCAUAAAUUCCGAGGAGAUUGACGAGAUCAUCGACCACAACACCGACAGUAUUGCGCGACAGGCGCAGAGUAUGAUUCGCCUGUACAAGGACAAGCCCAACUACGACAUCCUCUCCCUGGAGUCAGCGCUCAAGAAUAUUGGCAGGGAUGAUAUUAUGAAAAAGUGCAAGAGCGGAAGACUUUCACACUCUAGGGAGUUCGAUGACACAGACAUCAUGAAGAACUCUGAAUCCGUCGAAGAGCUGGUUCGCAGAGAAAUUGUUUCCCCAGGUAAGCGGAUCCAGCAAAUAAACGAACGUGAAGAAGUAAAAUACUCCGCAGAGGAGAAGGAGGUCGAAGAAUCCGAAUCCGACGAAGAAGCAGCCAAACGAACAGUGGCCGAACGCCGGGAGAAGAUUGUGAAGCGUUUGUCCAUGGAGCGAUCUAUUCCUGCCUCGACGCAAAAGAAGGAGAUUUCACGCGAAAUAACUGAAAUCAAACGAAAGAGUCUCAUCGAGGAUAAGAAAGCUAUUCACGAGUCAGAGAUUUUGAUGCAGCUUCCGGCCGACAAUGUCAUCAUCAAGAGCGCCCCAGUACCCGAACAGAUCAUCAAGAUGAAGAUGGGCAAGAUGGAUUCGACAGAAGUGAGCAAGAGUGAGUUCGACAAGGAGUUGACUCAUAAGUUCAAGACUUCCGGACGCAGCUCAGAGGAAGAGGACCAGCCAUCGUCUCCCGAUCAGACAGACAAAAUCGUCCAGGACAUUAGUGCCGCCGAAAAGAAGGAAAAGGAUACCGUAUCGUUCAGCAGGGUUGCCAUCACCCGCCAAGAAGCCCGCGACAUUACUGAAGACUUCCUGGAGGUCGAGAAACGAAGCCAACUCCCAGCUGCCACCACCAGCGCUACAGUUCACGAGAAAUUCGUCGUGGAAAUCAAAGAGAAGACAAGUCCUAUGGACUCUGUGCCCCAGGAAACCGUCAAGGAAGUACAGCAAGUAAUCAGCGAGGUGACUGAAAUCGCCAGCAAGAAGGUUGAGAAUAUAAUCAGCUCCUUCGAAAGCGGAAAACCAGAAGAAGCUUCCGCAUCAAUACCCACACAAUCAGUACCCGAAUCAACUAAAGUAAGCGAGACCAUUAAGCAUCUUCAGGAUACUAAGAUCCAGGAGCAAGUUAAGUCGGUCGAAUUAAUCGAAAGCUCAAGUAUAGAAGAGACCAUUGCCGAAUUUGAGGCGAAAAAGGUUAAGUACGAUUUCCAUGGCGGCGAGCCCAAGACCCAGAUUCCCAAGUUCACAAGAAAGCCAAGUGAUGAUAUAAUAAAACCUACAGCAGCUCCUCGUGCAGCAGCUGAGCCAGAAAUUGAUUUAUCCUUAGAAAGCAAGCCUGAGAAACCAGUGUCUAAGAUUCCGGUUAAGACUUCUGCUGAUGCCCCGAAAAUUGGAGAAGUCGAAGCCCGAAAGAUUACACAUGAUUUUCUGCAGGGAGAAAAGUUGGCGGCUGAGCCCAAGCCAGCUCCAGCAGCCAGCAAGAUUCCCAAAGUAGAGCCCAGGAAAUCUGUAGAAAAACUGGUCGAAAAGGAGUCGAAGAUCUUGGAUGAUGUUGUUGCUUCAACGGCGACAAUCAUGACAGCAGGACUGGGGAGCGAACAAUUACCCGUCAAACAGCCAGAAAUUAGCGACAAGGCUGAUACUGUAGCUGAAAAAGUAUCCGAGCUUAUUGAGACAUUCCACAAGAUAGAGGAGAAGGUUACCAAGUCUGAAAAGACCUCUGAAAUUACCAGCAAGGUCGAGGAUCUUGUCAAGAUUGAGGAAAAGCCUCUUCACAAGGAGGAACCAAAAGAGGACAAGGUGGCGGAAAAGAUUGCUGAAGUUGUUGAAACAUUCCACAAGAUUGAGGAGCAAAUCACCACCGCCGAUGCCCGCAAGCUCACCCACGAUUUUCUUAGCAUGGAACAGCAAUCGCAACUGCCGAGUCUGCCCCAAGCCCAAGAGAAGACGUUGGAGUCGAGCUUGACGUCCACCACCACUUCGGAACCUGAGUCCUUGGUCUCCAUUAAGCCGGCACCUCCAGCCAGUAAGAUACCUGUAGUGGAACCCAGAAAGACUCUAGUAGAGGAAGCCCCUAAGCCAUAUAUGGAGCCUGUGAUUGAACCCACGAGGAAUGUUGAGGACCUUGUUGAGGAAUCCUCAAAACCUCUGGAGGAAGCAAAGCCAACUGAAAAGAAGCCACUGAACGAACGUCAGCUCACUGCCGACUUCCUCAGCAUGGAACAGCAAACCCAAUUGGUCUCCCAUCCCGUGAAGACACUCAUCGAAGAAGUUGUGAAAACCGCCGAGCAGGUGGUGGAUCUUACAAAGGUCCAAAAGCCAAUUGACGCUCGUCAACUCACCUCAGACUUCCUGAGUAUGGAGCAGCGAACGCAGCUGCCUUCGCAGAUCGUUAGUGCCGAUGCCAAGCUGAUCGAUGGCAUUGAGUCUGCGGCUCCCGUUGGGGAGGACUCACCAUUCCACACCACCAAAGUGGUCAGCAGUGUUUUAAGCGAGGAAUAUGAUAGUGAUACUUUUGGUAAGCGAGCCACCGUUCCACUAAGCGAGACACUGAAAGAGGAGGGACUUACUGCUCCAGUGUCAGUUGAGCCACGAAAAUCACUCACCGAUGCCGAGUUCUGCAAGUCCGUGGGCGAGACAAUCUCCAAGAAGAUGAGCGAGGGCGUAAUUGAGAUAACUGAUGAGCUCAAGAAAAUAGCGAGCGACAUUCCACACUCCCAGACUCCGCCGCCCACGCCCUGUGACAUCAAAAAGCAGAACGAGCAGCCCGAACUCACAAGCUUAGAACGUGAUUACCUGGCCGACACCGUCACCACCUUGCACACGACCACUGAGUCGACCUUUGAACGCGUCUCUGCCAUUACCACAGUUGAGCACUUCAGUGUUCAUAGUGUAAAACCCGAAACCUUUACAAGAACAGAUGAAACUGAUAAGCUGCUUCGUAGUAUGGUAGCUUCCCCCGAUAACCACAACAUGUACUCACAAGACACUACCUCAUUUCCAGAAAUGAGUACAAGUAGUCAAACCCCGAAGAUGACAACUACGACGACCCUGACAGCACACAUAGAUCGCACCAAGGUAGACUUGACAGUACCAGAGCCCCAGCCGAAGUCUUACGACGAUAAGAAUCAGCAGAAGGAGCAACUUCCUGUAGAAAAAGAUGCGGGAACACCCGAACUAGAUAAACCCUCCAGUGAUAGGGAGUAUUUAGAGCAAAUAAUGGGAUGCGGUGAUGUGAGGCGCAAGAUAUUGCGUUUGGAGAGCAGUGGCAGCACUGAAUCCCUGGAUUCGAGUGCCAAGCAACCGGGAGUGACUCCCAAGUAUAUAGGUGACAAUGUUCCAGUGGUGCGAGAAGUGGUGCAGAGCAUCGAGGACAAGAUCUGCGGUACAGUGGUGUCGGCUAUUCCGUUCGCCGUUCACAAACGGGACCCCCAAGAAAAAGACAAAGAACCGGACGUUGUAGAAGUAGAAAAGCAAAUACUUACCCCAGCUGACUUGGCUUUUGAAAAGUUAAUCAGAGGUGAACCGCUCGUUGAGGUGGUAAAAAUUUCUCCAAUUAAAGCUAUGGAAGAUGUUGGAAUUGGACUGAAGGAAAUUGAAGAAGAUGUUUGUGAGAGAGUGUGCGUAAAGCGCAAGGCCUUUGAGGUGGCCGAAGACUUAUGUGAAACAGAAAAGACUUUUUCAGAGCAGGUAAUAGGAUUAGGUAGAAAGGUAGAACAAGUACCUGGCAAGAUUUUAGCUGAAACCACUGAGAAACACUUAGACUUAGAAGAUAAGGAAGCCUUGGAGGCUGGUGCGAAGGUCAGGGAAGUCGUGCAGGACAUCGAGCGUCGAUAUCCUGCAUCGAGCCUAGAGGCCAAGCCUUUUACUCCACGAACACGACUUACCACAGACCGUAAGGCUGAUGUGUUGUCAAUAGAACAACAGAUUUUAAACGAAACCGAUCUGAUUUUAGAUGGCUUAGGUUCCAAGCGUAUACCAGAACAAAAGGUGCAGUCCCCAGUUUUGGAAACCGCUAAGACCAGUCCAAGUAUUGAAAAUCUAGAAGGCGCUUGCGAAAAGAUAUGCUCAAAACGAACAAUCUCUGAAAUGGCAAAGGCCCUUGAAAAGCCGGAGCAGCUUGAGACUUCAGCUACUACCGAUGACGUCAAAUCGAUUACGUCCAAGUUCCUAGAGCACGAGACCAAGUGCGUAGCUGAGAGUAUUAAAGAGGUUGAGACCAAAAACAUUGUUCAUGAUAGCCUAAUAGGGAUAGCAGACCGACACAAUAUUUUACUAAGCGAAUGUGAUACACAAGAAUUUCCACUAGAUGAGACUAAGGAUAAACUUAUUGAAUUCCCAAAAGUAGGGCACACUUUCGAUCGAUUGCAUUCCAUUUCAAAAACCGAUAUAGCUGAUACAAAGGACUUUGUACAUGUAGUUAGCGAAUACGAAGAAAAGCUGGGUGGAAUAAUAGAUCAUCAAGCUGAGCUAGCUUGUUCCACAGAAGAGAAAACUGAAGUUCCAGUUAAAUUUCCCACAAACGAUACAAAAGAUGAGUUUGAAACCCACCAGCAUAUGGUCUCAAAGACCUUUGAACUUACCCAAACGACUGAAAAAGCAAUAACCAAGUUUCCCUCUGAUUUAGAAACUACAUUAGAUAAGCACGGAAGUGAUAGCGAAAGUGACGAGGAACUGGAUCAUGAAAACAAGUUACUCAAAUUACAGCAUUUAGCGACAAGUGAACGCACAUCCAGCCAAAAUGUUACUCAGAACCAAUAUGAACACGAACAAAUUUCAAUUACAACAAAAGAUAUAAGAAAGUUUCCAACUGGUCACGAUAUUUUAACAGAUAGUCAAUUAAAAUCUGCUUUUCAUAUUGACAAGACAGAUAUGUGUAAAGAUACAGCAACACAAGGGGUCGAGCCCUUUGAGACAGUAGCCAAAAAAACAAAGGAAUAUUCCACUUACGAUGAUAAGACGUUUGAUAUUCCCAAGUCGCAAGAUAAACAAACUCCUUUGAUAGCUCCUAUAGUAGGUCCUGGGGAAAAAUCGCCAGUAAAAACUGAUGAAAAACCGAAGCCUGUUGAGUUGAAAGAUACAAAGCCUAACGAAAAGCCCAAAGUGCCGAUUGUGACAGAAACGGCGAGUCCUAGAGAGUAUUCCGAUGAUGAAAGCGAUGAAGACCUUGAUAUUCCCAAGCCCCAAGAUAAACCAGCUGGUCAGCCAACUCCUUUGAUCACUUCUUUGAUUGGUACUGGCGAAAAAUCACCUGUUAAAGAUGAUUUGAAGCCACAGACAGUAACGACAUUCAAGGCAGAAGAAAGCUUGACGACUAUUCAAUCAGCCGCCAAAUCUGUAAGUACAGUCGUAUCCAUUACUGGCAGUCACAUAUCUGACAUCAAAGUGCCAAGUAAGCCAGAGGAAAAGCCGCAGGGCCCCAUUGAUUCGGUAAAGCCAAGCUUAAAAGAGUAUUCUGAUGACGAGAGCGACGAAGAUUUUGAUUCUCCCAAGCCCCUAGAUAAACAAACUCCUUUGAUAGCUCCUCUAGUAGGUCCUGGGGAAAAAUCGCCAGUAAAAACUGAUGAAAAACCGAAGCCUGUGGAGUUGAAAGAUUCUACAAAGCCUGACGAAAAGCGCAAAGUGCCGAUUGUGUCAGAAACGGCAAGUCCUAGAGAGUAUUCCGAUGAUGAAAGCGAUGAAGACCUUGAUAUUCCCAAGCCCCAAGAUAAACCAGCUGGUCAGCCCACUCCUUUGAUUACUCCUUUGAUUGGUACUGGCGAAAAAUCACCUGUUAAAGAUGAUUUGAAGCCACAGCCAGUAACGACAUUCAAGGCAGAAGAAAGCUUGACGACUGUUCAAUCAGCCGCCAAAUCUGUAAGUGCAGUCGUAUCCAUUACUGACAGUCACGUAUCUGACAUCAAAGUACCAAGUAAGCCAGAGGAAAAGCCGCAGGGCCCCAUUGAUUCGGUAAAGCCAAGCUUGAAAGAGUAUUCUGAUGACGAGAGCGACGAAGAUUUUGAUUCUCCCAAGCCCCAAGAUAAACAAACUCCUUUGAUAGCUCCUCUAGUAGGUCCUGGGGAAAAAUCGCAGGUAAAAACUGAUGAAAAACCGAAGCCUGUGGAGUUGAAAGAUUCUACAAAGCCUGACGAAAAGCCCAAAGUGCCGAUUGUGUCAGAAACGGCAAGUCCUAGAGAGUAUUCCGAUGAUGAAAGCGAUGAAGACCUUGAUAUUCCCAAGCCCCAAGAUAAACCAGCUGGUCAGCCCACUCCUUUGAUCACUCCUUUGAUUGGUACUGGAGAAAAAUCACCUGUAAAAGAUGAUUUGAAGCCGCAGACAGUAACGACAUUCAAGGCAGAAGAAAGCUUGACGACUGUUCAAUCAGCCGCCAAAUCUGUAAGUACAGUCGUAUCCAUUACUGACAGUCACGUAUCUGUCAUCAAAGUACCAAGUAAGCCAGAGGAAAAGCCGCAGGGCCCCAUUGAUUCGGUAAAGCCAAGCUUGAAAGAGUAUUCUGAUGACGAGAGCGACGAAGAUUUUGAUUCUUCCAAGCCCCUAGAUAAACAAACUCCUUUGAUAGCUCCUCUAGUAGGUCCUGGGGAAAAAUCGCCAGUAAAAACUGAUGAAAAACCGAAGCCUGUUGAGUUGAAAGAUUCUACAAAGCCUGACGAAAAGCCCAAAGUGCCGAUUGUGUCAGAAACGGCAAGUCCUAGAGAGUAUUCCGAUGAUGAAAGCGAUGAAGACCUUGAUAUUCCCAAGCCCCAAGAUAAACCAGCUGGUCAGCCCACUCCUUUGAUUACUCCUUUGAUUGGUACUGGCGAAAAAUCACCUGUUAAAGAUGAUUUGAAGCCACAGACAGUAACGACAUUCAAGGCAGAAGAAAGCUUGACGACUGUUCAAUCAGCCGCCAAAUCUGUAAGUACAGUCGUAUCCAUUACUGACAGUCACGUAUCUGACAUCAAAGUACCAAGUAAGCCAGAGGAAAAGUCGCAGGGCCCCAUUGAUUCGGUAAAGCCAAGCUUGAAAGAGUAUUCUGAUGACGAGAGCGACGAAGAUUUUGAUUCUUCCAAGCCCCUAGAUAAACAAACUCCUUUGAUAGCUCCUCUAGUAGGUCCUGGGGAAAAAUCGCCAGUAAAAACUGAUGAAAAACCGAAGCCUGUGGAGUUGAAAGAUUCUACAAAGCCUGACGAAAAGCGCAAAGUGCCGAUUGUGUCAGAAACGGCAAGUCCUAGAGAGUAUUCCGAUGAUGAAAGCGAUGAAGACCUUGAUAUUCCCAAGCCCCAAGAUAAACCAGCUGGUCAGCCCACUCCUUUGAUUACUCCUUUGAUUGGUACUGGCGAAAAAUCACCUGUUAAAGAUGAUUUGAAGCCACAGCCAGUAACGACAUUCAAGGCAGAAGAAAGCUUGACGACUAUUCAAUCAGCCGCCAAAUCUGUAAGUACAGUCGUAUCCAUUACUGGCAGUCACAUAUCUGACAUCAAAGUGCCAAGUAAGCCAGAGGAAAAGCCGCAGGGCCCCAUUGAUUCGGUAAAGCCAAGCUUAAAAGAGUAUUCUGAUGACGAGAGCGACGAAGAUUUUGAUUCUCCCAAGCCCCUAGAUAAACAAACUCCUUUGAUAGCUCCUCUAGUAGGUCCUGGGGAAAAAUCGCCAGUAAAAACUGAUGAAAAACCGAAGCCUGUGGAGUUGAAAGAUUCUACAAAGCCUGACGAAAAGCGCAAAGUGCCGAUUGUGUCAGAAACGGCAAGUCCUAGAGAGUAUUCCGAUGAUGAAAGCGAUGAAGACCUUGAUAUUCCCAAGCCCCAAGAUAAACCAGCUGGUCAGCCCACUCCUUUGAUCACUCCUUUGAUUGGUACUGGAGAAAAAUCACCUGUUAAAGAUGAUUUGAAGCCACAGACAGUAACGACAUUCAAGGCAGAAGAAAGCUUGACGACUGUUCAAUCAGCCGCCAAAUCUGUAAGUACAGUCGUAUCCAUUACUGACAGUCACGUAUCUGACAUCAAAGUACCAAGUAAGCCAGAGGAAAAGUCGCAGGGCCCCAUUGAUUCGGUAAAGCCAAGCUUGAAAGAGUAUUCUGAUGACGAGAGCGACGAAGAUUUUGAUUCUUCCAAGCCCCUAGAUAAACAAACUCCUUUGAUAGCUCUUCUAGUAGGUCCUGGGGAAAAAUCGCCAGUAAAAACUGAUGAAAAACCGAAGCCUGUGGAGUUGAAAGAUUCUACAAAGCCUGACGAAAAGCCCAAAGUGCCGAUUGUGUCAGAAACGACAAGUCCUAGAGAGUAUUCCGAUGAUGAAAGCGAUGAAGACCUUGAUAUUCCCAAGCCCCAAGAUAAACCAGCUGGUCAGCCCACUCCUUUGAUUACUCCUUUGAUUGGUACUGGCGAAAAAUCACCUGUAAAAGAUGAUUUGAAGCCACAGACAGUAACGACAUUCAACGCAGAAGAGAGCUUGACGACUGUUCAAUCAGCCGCCAAAUCUGUAAGUACAGUCGUAUCCAUUACUGACAGUCACGUUUCUGACAUCAAAGUACCAAGUAAGCCAGAGGAAAAGCCGCAGGGCCCCAUUGCUUCGGUAAAGCCAAGCUUGAAAGAGUAUUCUGAUGACGAGAGCGACGAAGAUUUUGAUUCUCCCAAGCCCCAAGAUAAACAAAAUCCUUUGAUAGCUCCUCUAGUAGGUCCUGGGGAAAAAUCGCCAGUAAAAACUGAUGAAAAACCGAAGCCUGUUGAGUUGAAAGAUUCUACAAAGCCUGACGAAAAGCCCAAAGUUCCGAUUGUGUCAGAAACGGCAAGUCCUAGAGAGUAUUCCGAUGAUGAAAGCUAUGAAGACCUUGAUAUUCCCAAGCCCCAAGAUAAACCAGCUGGUCAGCCCACUCCUUUGAUUACUCCUUUGAUUGGUACUGGCGAAAAAUCACCUGUUAAAGAUGAUUUGAAGCCACAGCCAGUAACGACAUUCAAGGCAGAAGAAAGCUUGAUGACUGUUCAAUCAGCCGCCAAAUCUGUAAGUACAGUCGUAUCCAUUACUGACAGUCACGUAUCUGACAUCAAAGUACCAAGUAAGCCAGAGGAAAAGCCGCAGGGCCACAUUUAUUCGGUAAAGCCAAGCCUAAAAGAGCAUUCUGAUGACGAAAGCGACGAAGAUUUUGAUUCUCCCAAGCCCCUAGAUAAACAAACUCCUUUGAUAGCUCCUCUAGUAGGUCCUGGGGAAAAAUCGCCAGUAAAAACUGAUGAAAAACCGCAGCCCGUUGAGUUGAAAGAUUCUACAAAGCCUGACGAAAAGCCCAAAGUGCCGAUUGUGUCAGAAACGGCAAGUCCUACAGAGUAUUCCGAUGAUGAAAGCGAUGAAGACCUUGAUAUUCCCAAGCCCCAAGAUAAACCAGCUGGUCAGCCCACUCUCUUGAUUACUCCUUUGAUUGGUACUGGCGAAAAAUCACCUGUAAAAGAUGAUUUGAAGCCACAGACAGUAACGACAUUCAAGGCAGAAGAGAGCUUGACGACUGUUCAAUCAGCCGCCAAAUCUGUAAGUACAGUCGUAUCCAUUACUGACAGUCACGUUUCUGACAUCAAAGUACCAAGUAAGCCAGAGGAAAAGCCGCAGGGCCCCAUUGCUUCGGUAAAGCCAAGCUUGAAAGAGUAUUCUGAUGACGAGAGCGACGAAGAUUUUGAUUCUCCCAAGCCCCAAGAUAAACAAACUCCUUUGAUAGCACCUCUAGUAGGUCCUGGGGAAAAAUCGCCAAUAAAAACUGAUGAAAAACCGAAGCCUGUGGAGUUGAAAGAUUCUACAAAGCCUGACGAAAAGCCCAAAGUGCCGAUUGUGUCAGAAACGGCAAGUCCUAGAGAGUAUUCCGAUGAUGAAAGCGAUGAAGACCUUGAUAUUCCCAAGCCCCAAGAUAAACCAGCUGGUCAGCCCACUCCUUUGAUUACUCCUUUGAUUGGUACUGGCGAAAAAUCACCUGUAAAAGAUGAUUUGAAGCCACAGACAGUAACGACAUUCAAGGCAGAAGAGAGCUUGACGACUGUUCAAUCAGCCGCCAAAUCUGUAAGUACAGUCGUAUCCAUUACUGACAGUCACGUAUCUGACAUCAAAGUACCAAGUAAGCCAGAGGAAAAGCCGCAGGGCCCCAUUGAUUCGGUAAAGCCAAGCUUAAAAGAGUAUUCUGAUGACGAGAGCGACGAAGAUUUUGAUUCUCCCAAGCCCCUAGAUAAACAAACUCCUUUGAUAGCUCCUCUAGUAGGUCCUGGGGAAAAAUCGCCAGUAAAAACUGAUGAAAAACCGAAGCCUGUGGAGUUGAAAGAUUCUACAAAGCCUGACGAAAAGCCCAAAGUGCCGAUUGUGUCAGAAACGGCAAGUCCUACAGAGUAUUCCGAUGAUGAAAGCGAUGAAGACCUUGAUAUUCCCAAGCCCCAAGAUAAACCAGCUGGUCAGCCCACUCCUUUGAUUACUCCUUUGAUUGGUACUGGCGAAAAAUCACCUGUUAAAGAUGAUUUGAAGCCACAGACAGUAACGACAUUCAAGGCAGAAGAAAGCUUGACGACUGUUCAAUCAGCCGCCAAAUCUGUAAGUACAGUCGUAUCCAUUACUGACAGUCACGUAUCUGACAUCAAAGUACCAAGUAAGCCAGAGGAAAAGCCGCAGGGCCCCAUUGAUUCGGUAAAGCCAAGCUUGAAAGAGUAUUCUGAUGACGAGAGCGACGAAGAUUUUGAUUCUCCCAAGCCCCAAGAUAAACAAACUCCUUUGAUAGCACCUCUAGUAGGUCCUGGGGAAAAAUCGCCAGUAAAAACUGAUGAAAAACCGAAGCCUGUGGAGUUGAAAGAUUCUACAAAGCCUGACGAAAAGCCCAAAGUGCCGAUUGUGUCAGAAACGGCAAGUCCUACAGAGUAUUCCGAUGAUGAAAGCGAUGAAGACCUUGAUAUUCCCAAGCCCCAAGAUAAACCAGCUGGUCAGCCCACUCCUUUGAUUACUCCUUUGAUUGGUACUGGCGAAAAAUCACCUGUUAAAGAUGAUUUGAAGCCACAGACAGUAACGACAUUCAAGGCAGAAGAAAGCUUGACGACUGUUCAAUCAGCCGCCAAAUCUGUAAGUACAGUCGUAUCCAUUACUGACAGUCACGUAUCUGACAUCAAAGUACCAAGUAAGCCAGAGGAAAAGCCGCAGGGCCCCAUUGAUUCGGUAAAGCCAAGCUUGAAAGAGUAUUCUGAUGACGAGAGCGACGAAGAUUUUGAUUCUCCCAAGCCCCAAGAUAAACAAACUCCUUUGAUAGCACCUCUAGUAGGUCCUGGGGAAAAAUCGCCAAUAAAAACUGAUGAAAAACCGAAGCCUGUGGAGUUGAAAGAUUCUACAAAGCCUGACGAAAAGCCCAAAGUGCCGAUUGUGUCAGAAACGGCAAGUCCUAGAGAGUAUUCCGAUGAUGAAAGCGAUGAAGACCUUGAUAUUCCCAAGCCCCAAGAUAAACCAGCUGGUCAGCCCACUCCUUUGAUUACUCCUUUGAUUGGUACUGGCGAAAAAUCACCUGUUAAAGAUGAUUUGAAGCCACAGACAGUAACGACAUUCAAGGCAGAAGAAAGCUUGACGACUGUUCAAUCAGCCGCCAAAUCUGUAAGUACAGUCGUAUCCAUUACUGACAGUCACGUAUCUGACAUCAAAGUACCAAGUAAGCCAGAGGAAAAGCCGCAGGGCCCCAUUGAUUCGGUAAAGCCAAGCUUGAAAGAGUAUUCUGAUGACGAGAGCGACGAAGAUUUUGAUUCUCCCAAGCCCCAAGAUAAACAAACUCCUUUGAUAGCACCUCUAGUAGGUCCUGGGGAAAAAUCGCCAGUAAAAACUGAUGAAAAACCGAAGCCUGUGGAGUUGAAAGAUUCUACAAAGCCUGACGAAAAGCCCAAAGUGCCGAUUGUGUCAGAAACGGCAAGUCCUACAGAGUAUUCCGAUGAUGAAAGCGAUGAAGACCUUGAUAUUCCCAAGCCCCAAGAUAAACCAGCUGGUCAGCCCACUCCUUUGAUUACUCCUUUGAUUGGUACUGGCGAAAAAUCACCUGUUAAAGAUGAUUUGAAGCCACAGACAGUAACGACAUUCAAGGCAGAAGAAAGCUUGACGACUGUUCAAUCAGCCGCCAAAUCUGUAAGUACAGUCGUAUCCAUUACUGACAGUCACGUAUCUGACAUCAAAGUACCAAGUAAGCCAGAGGAAAAGCCGCAGGGCCCCAUUGAUUCGGUAAAGCCAAGCUUGAAAGAGUAUUCUGAUGACGAGAGCGACGAAGAUUUUGAUUCUCCCAAGCCCCAAGAUAAACAAACUCCUUUGAUAGCACCUCUAGUAGGUCCUGGGGAAAAAUCGCCAAUAAAAACUGAUGAAAAACCGAAGCCUGUGGAGUUGAAAGAUUCUACAAAGCCUGACGAAAAGCCCAAAGUGCCGAUUGUGUCAGAAACGGCAAGUCCUAGAGAGUAUUCCGAUGAUGAAAGCGAUGAAGACCUUGAUAUUCCCAAGCCCCAAGAUAAACCAGCUGGUCAGCCCACUCCUUUGAUUACUCCUUUGAUUGGUACUGGCGAAAAAUCACCUGUAAAAGAUGAUUUGAAGCCACAGACAGUAACGACAUUCAAGGCAGAAGAGAGCUUGACGACUGUUCAAUCAGCCGCCAAAUCUGUAAGUACAGUCGUAUCCAUUACUGACAGUCACGUAUCUGACAUCAAAGUACCAAGUAAGCCAGAGGAAAAGCCGCAGGGCCCCAUUGAUUCGGUAAAGCCAAGCUUGAAAGAGUAUUCUGAUGACGAGAGCGACGAAGAUUUUGAUUCUCCCAAGCCCCAAGAUAAACAAACUCCUUUGAUAGCACCUCUAGUAGGUCCUGGGGAAAAAUCGCCAAUAAAAACUGAUGAAAAACCGAAGCCUGUGGAGUUGAAAGAUUCUACAAAGCCUGACGAAAAGCCCAAAGUGCCGAUUGUGUCAGAAACGGCAAGUCCUAGAGAGUAUUCCGAUGAUGAAAGCGAUGAAGACCUUGAUAUUCCCAAGCCCCAAGAUAAACCAGCUGGUCAGCCCACUCCUUUGAUUACUCCUUUGAUUGGUACUGGCGAAAAAUCACCUGUUAAAGAUGAUUUGAAGCCACAGACAGUAACGACAUUCAAGGCAGAAGAAAGCUUGACGACUGUUCAAUCAGCCGCCAAAUCUGUAAGUACAGUCGUAUCCAUUACUGACAGUCACGUAUCUGACAUCAAAGUACCAAGUAAGCCAGAGGAAAAGCCGCAGGGCCCCAUUGAUUCGGUAAAGCCAAGCUUGAAAGAGUAUUCUGAUGACGAGAGCGACGAAGAUUUUGAUUCUCCCAAGCCCCAAGAUAAACAAACUCCUUUGAUAGCACCUCUAGUAGGUCCUGGGGAAAAAUCGCCAAUAAAAACUGAUGAAAAACCGAAGCCUGUGGAGUUGAAAGAUUCUACAAAGCCUGACGAAAAGCCCAAAGUGCCGAUUGUGUCAGAAACGGCAAGUCCUAGAGAGUAUUCCGAUGAUGAAAGCGAUGAAGACCUUGAUAUUCCCAAGCCCCAAGAUAAACCAGCUGGUCAGCCCACUCCUUUGAUUACUCCUUUGAUUGGUACUGGCGAAAAAUCACCUGUAAAAGAUGAUUUGAAGCCACAGACAGUAACGACAUUCAAGGCAGAAGAGAGCUUGACGACUGUUCAAUCAGCCGCCAAAUCUGUAAGUACAGUCGUAUCCAUUACUGACAGUCACGUAUCUGACAUCAAAGUACCAAGUAAGCCAGAGGAAAAGCCGCAGGGCCCCAUUGAUUCGGUAAAGCCAAGCUUAAAAGAGUAUUCUGAUGACGAGAGCGACGAAGAUUUUGAUUCUCCCAAGCCCCUAGAUAAACAAACUCCUUUGAUAGCUCCUCUAGUAGGUCCUGGGGAAAAAUCGCCAGUAAAAACUGAUGAAAAACCGAAGCCUGUGGAGUUGAAAGAUUCUACAAAGCCUGACGAAAAGCCCAAAGUGCCGAUUGUGUCAGAAACGGCAAGUCCUACAGAGUAUUCCGAUGAUGAAAGCGAUGAAGACCUUGAUAUUCCCAAGCCCCAAGAUAAACCAGCUGGUCAGCCCACUCCUUUGAUUACUCCUUUGAUUGGUACUGGCGAAAAAUCACCUGUUAAAGAUGAUUUGAAGCCACAGACAGUAACGACAUUCAAGGCAGAAGAAAGCUUGACGACUGUUCAAUCAGCCGCCAAAUCUGUAAGUACAGUCGUAUCCAUUACUGACAGUCACGUAUCUGACAUCAAAGUACCAAGUAAGCCAGAGGAAAAGCCGCAGGGCCCCAUUGAUUCGGUAAAGCCAAGCUUGAAAGAGUAUUCUGAUGACGAGAGCGACGAAGAUUUUGAUUCUCCCAAGCCCCAAGAUAAACAAACUCCUUUGAUAGCACCUCUAGUAGGUCCUGGGGAAAAAUCGCCAGUAAAAACUGAUGAAAAACCGAAGCCUGUGGAGUUGAAAGAUUCUACAAAGCCUGACGAAAAGCCCAAAGUGCCGAUUGUGUCAGAAACGGCAAGUCCUACAGAGUAUUCCGAUGAUGAAAGCGAUGAAGACCUUGAUAUUCCCAAGCCCCAAGAUAAACCAGCUGGUCAGCCCACUCCUUUGAUUACUCCUUUGAUUGGUACUGGCGAAAAAUCAUCUGUAAAAGAUGAUUUGAAGCCACAGACAGUAACGACAUUCAAGGCAGAAGAGAGCUUGACGACUGUUCAAUCAGCCGUCAAAUCUGUAAGUACAGUCGUAUCCAUUACUGACAGUCACAUAUCUGUCAUCAAAGUACCAAGUAAGCCAGAGGAAAAGCCGCAGGGCCCCAUUGAUUCGGUAAAGCCAAGCUUGAAAGAGUAUUCUGAUGACGAGAGCGACGAAGAUUUUGAUUCUCCCAAGCCCCAAGAUAAACAAACUCCUUUGAUAGCACCUCUAGUAGGUCCUGGGGAAAAAUCGCCAGUAAAAACUGAUGAAAAACCGAAGCCUGUGGAGUUGAAAGAAUCUACAAAGCCUGACGAAAAGCCCAAAGUGCCGAUUGUGUCAGAAACGGCAAGUCCUAGAGAGUAUUCCGAUGAUGAAAGCGAUGAAGACCUUGAUAUUCCCAAGCCCCAAGAUAAACCAGCUGGUCAGCCCACUCCUUUGAUUGGUACUGGCGAAAAAUCACCUGUUAAAGAUGAUUUGAAGCCACAGACAGUAACGACAUUCAAGGCAGAAGAAAGCUUGACGACUGUUCAAUCAGCCGCCAAAUCUGUAAGUACAGUCAUAUCCAUUACUGACAGUCACGUAUCUGACAUCAAAGUACCAAGUAAGCCAGAGGAAAAGCCGCAGGGCCCCAUUGAUUCGGUAAAGCCAAGCUUAAAAGAGUAUUCUGAUGACGAGAGCGACGAAGAUUUUGAUUCUCCCAAGCCCCAAGAUAAACAAACUCCUUUGAUAGCUCCUCUAGUAGGUCCUGGGGAAAAAUCGCCAGUAAAAACUGAUGAAAAGCCGAAGCCUGUGGAGUUGAAAGAUUCUACAAAGCCUGACGAAAAGCCCAAAGUGCCGAUUGUGUCAGAAACGGCAAGUCCUAGAGAGUAUUCCGAUGAUGAAAGCGAUGAAGACCUUGAUAUUCCCAAGCCCCAAGAUAAACCAGCUGGUCAGCCCACUCCUUUGAUUACUCCUUUGAUUGGUACUGGCGAAAAAUCACCUGUAAAAGAUGAUUUGAAGCCACAGACAGUAACGACAUUCAAGGCAGAAGAGAGCUUGACGACUGUUCAAUCAGCCGCCAAAUCUGUAAGUACAGUCGUAUCCAUUACUGACAGUCACGUAUCUGACAUCAAAGUACCAAGUAAGCCAGAGGAAAAGCCGCAGGGCCCCAUUGAUUCGGUAAAGCCAAGCUUGAAAGAGUAUUCUGAUGACGAGAGCGACGAAGAUUUUGAUUCUCCCAAGCCCCAAGAUAAACAAACUCCUUUGAUAGCUCCACUAGUAGGUCCUGGAGAAAAAUCGGCAGUAAAAACUGAUGAAAAACCGAAGCCUGUGGAGUUGAAAGAUUCUACAAAGCCUGACGAAAAGCCCAAAGUGCCGAUUGUGUCAGAAACGGCAAGUCCUAGAGAGUAUUCCGAUGAUGAAAGCGAUGAAGACCUUGAUAUUCCCAAGCCCCAAGAUAAACCAGCUGGUCAGCCCACUCCUUUGAUUACUCCUUUGAUUGGUACUGGCGAAAAAUCACCUGUUAAAGAUGAUUUGAAGCCACAGCCAGUAACGACAUUCAAGGCAGAAGAAAGCUUGACGACUGUUCAAUCAGCCGCCAAAUCUGUAAGUACAGUCGUAUCCAUUACUGACAGUCACGUAUCUGACAUCAAAGUACCAAGUAAGCCAGAGGAAAAGCCGCAGGGCCCCAUUGAUUCGGUAAAGCCAAGCUUAAAAGAGUAUUCUGAUGACGAGAGCGACGAAGAUUUUGAUUCUCCCAAGCCCCAAGAUAAACAAACUCCUUUGAUAGCUCCUCUAGUAGGUCCUGGGGAAAAAUCGCCAAUAAAAACUGAUGAAAAACCGAAGCCUGUGGAGUUGAAAGAUUCUACAAAGCCUGACGAAAAGCCCAAAGUGCCGAUUGUGUCAGAAACGGCAAGUCCUAGAGAGUAUUCCGAUGAUGAAAGCGAUGAAGACCUUGAUAUUCCCAAGCCCCAAGAUAAACCAGCUGGUCAGCCCACUCCUUUGAUUACUCCUUUGAUUGGUACUGGCGAAAAAUCACCUGUAAAAGAUGAUUUGAAGCCACAGACAGUAACGACAUUCAAGGCAGAAGAGAGCUUGACGACUGUUCAAUCAGCCGCCAAAUCUGUAAGUACAGUCGUAUCCAUUACUGACAGUCACGUAUCUGACAUCAAAGUACCAAGUAAGCCAGAGGAAAAGCCGCAGGGCCCCAUUGAUUCGGUAAAGCCAAGCUUAAAAGAGUAUUCUGAUGACGAGAGCGACGAAGAUUUUGAUUCUCCCAAGCCCCUAGAUAAACAAACUCCUUUGAUAGCUCCUCUAGUAGGUCCUGGGGAAAAAUCGCCAGUAAAAACUGAUGAAAAACCGAAGCCUGUGGAGUUGAAAGAUUCUACAAAGCCUGACGAAAAGCCCAAAGUGCCGAUUGUGUCAGAAACGGCAAGUCCUAGAGAGUAUUCCGAUGAUGAAAGCGAUGAAGACCUUGAUAUUCCCAAGCCCCAAGAUAAACCAGCUGGUCAGCCCACUCCUUUGAUUACUCCUUUGAUUGGUACUGGCGAAAAAUCACCUGUUAAAGAUGAUUUGAAGCCACAGACAGUAACGACAUUCAAGGCAGAAGAAAGCUUGACGACUGUUCAAUCAGCCGCCAAAUCUGUAAGUACAGUCGUAUCCAUUACUGACAGUCACGUAUCUGACAUCAAAGUACCAAGUAAGCCAGAGGAAAAGCCGCAGGGCCCCAUUGAUUCGGUAAAGCCAAGCUUGAAAGAGUAUUCUGAUGACGAGAGCGACGAAGAUUUUGAUUCUCCCAAGCCCCAAGAUAAACAAACUCCUUUGAUAGCACCUCUAGUAGGUCCUGGGGAAAAAUCGCCAAUAAAAACUGAUGAAAAACCGAAGCCUGUGGAGUUGAAAGAUUCUACAAAGCCUGACGAAAAGCCCAAAGUGCCGAUUGUGUCAGAAACGGCAAGUCCUAGAGAGUAUUCCGAUGAUGAAAGCGAUGAAGACCUUGAUAUUCCCAAGCCCCAAGAUAAACCAGCUGGUCAGCCCACUCCUUUGAUUACUCCUUUGAUUGGUACUGGCGAAAAAUCACCUGUUAAAGAUGAUUUGAAGCCACAGACAGUAACGACAUUCAAGGCAGAAGAAAGCUUGACGACUGUUCAAUCAGCCGCCAAAUCUGUAAGUACAGUCGUAUCCAUUACUGACAGUCACGUAUCUGACAUCAAAGUACCAAGUAAGCCAGAGGAAAAGCCGCAGGGCCCCAUUGAUUCGGUAAAGCCAAGCUUGAAAGAGUAUUCUGAUGACGAGAGCGACGAAGAUUUUGAUUCUCCCAAGCCCCUAGAUAAACAAACUCCUUUGAUAGCUCCUCUAGUAGGUCCUGGGGAAAAAUCGCCAGUAAAAACUGAUGAAAAACCGAAGCCUGUGGAGUUGAAAGAUUCUACAAAGCCUGACGAAAAGCCCAAAGUGCCGAUUGUGUCAGAAACGGCAAGUCCUAGAGAGUAUUCCGAUGAUGAAAGCGAUGAAGACCUUGAUAUUCCCAAGCCCCAAGAUAAACCAGCUGGUCAGCCCACUCCUUUGAUUACUCCUUUGAUUGGUACUGGCGAAAAAUCACCUGUUAAAGAUGAUUUGAAGCCACAGACAGUAACGACAUUCAAGGCAGAAGAAAGCUUGACGACUGUUCAAUCAGCCGCCAAAUCUGUAAGUACAGUCGUAUCCAUUACUGACAGUCACGUAUCUGACAUCAAAGUACCAAGUAAGCCAGAGGAAAAGCCGCAGGGUCCCAUUGAUUCGGUAAAGCCAAGCUUAAAAGAGUAUUCUGAUGACGAGAGCGACGAAGAUUUUGAUUCUCCCAAGCCCCAAGAUAAACAAACUCCUUUGAUAGCUCCUCUAGUAGGUCCUGGGGAAAAAUCGCCAAUAAAAACUGAUGAAAAACCGAAGCCUGUGGAGUUGAAAGAUUCUACAAAGCCUGACGAAAAGCCCAAAGUGCCGAUUGUGUCAGAAACGGCAAGUCCUAGAGAGUAUUCCGAUGACGAAAGCGAUGAAGACCUUGAUAUUCCCAGGCCCCAAGAUAAACCAGCUGGUCAGCCCACUCCUUUGAUUACUCCUUUGAUUGGUACUGGCGAAAAAUCACCUGUAAAAGAUGAUUUGAAGCCACAGACAGUAACGACAUUCAAGGCAGAAGAGAGCUUGACGACUGUUCAAUCAGCCGCCAAAUCUGUAAGUACAGUCGUAUCCAUUACUGACAGUCACGUAUCUGACAUCAAAGUACCAAGUAAGCCAGAGGAAAAGCCGCAGGGCCCCAUUGAUUCGGUAAAGCCAAGCUUAAAAGAGUAUUCUGAUGACGAGAGCGACGAAGAUUUUGAUUCUCCCAAGCCCCUAGAUAGACAAACUCCUUUGAUAGCUCCUCUAGUAGGUCCUGGGGAAAAAUCGCCAGUAAAAGCUGCUGAAAAACCGAAGCCUGUGGAGUUGAAAGAUUCUACAAAGCCUGACGAAAAGCCCAAAGUGCCGAUUGUGUCAGAAACGGCAAGUCCUAGAGAGUAUUCCGAUGAUGAAAGCGAUGAAGACCUUGAUAUUCCCAAGCCCCAAGAUAAACCAGCUGGUCAGCCCACUCCUUUGAUUACUCCUUUGAUUGGUACUGGCGAAAAAUCACCUGUUAAAGAUGAUUUGAAGCCACAGACAGUAACGACAUUCAAGGCAGAAGAAAGCUUGACGACUGUUCAAUCAGCCGCCAAAUCUGUAAGUACAGUCGUAUCCAUUACUGACAGUCACGUAUCUGACAUCAAAGUACCAAGUAAGCCAGAGGAAAAGCCGCAGGGCCCCAUUGAUUCGGUAAAGCCAAGCUUGAAAGAGUAUUCUGAUGACGAGAGCGACGAAGAUUUUGAUGCUCCCAAGCCCCAAAAUAAACAAACUCCUUUGAUAGCUCCUCUAGUAGGUCCUGGGGAAAAAUCGCCAGUAAAAACUGAUGAAAAACCGAAGCCUGUGGAGUUGAAAGAUUCUACAAAGCCUGACGAAAAGCCCAAAGUGCCGAUUGUGUCAGAAACGGCAAGUCCUAGAGAGUAUUCCGAUGAUGAAAGCGAUGAAGACCUUGAUAUUCCCAAGCCCCAAGAUAAACCAGCUGGUCAGCCCACUCCUUUGAUUACUCCUUUGAUUGGUAUUGCCGAAAAAUCACCUGUUAAAGAUGAUUUGAAGCCGCAGACAGUAACGACAUUCAAGGCAGAAGAAAGCUUGACGACUGUUCAAUCAGCCGCCAAAUCUGUAAGUACAGUCGUAUCCAUUACUGACAGUCACGUUGCGCAGGACCCGAUUAAGUCGGUUAAGGCUAAUGAAAAAACUCUUAUUGAUGAAGGGUUUGGUGUUCCAAAGUCUGAAGACAGACCAGUUCAUUCGGAGAUUACUCCCUUCAUCGGGGCUGUUGCUGAGGGAAUGAAGGAUAUGUAUUCUAGUUAUGAGGAAAACAGAUCGGUGCAACAAAUUGUCGAAGAGACUCUUAAAGCUGGUGAUGCUGAGGUACAAAAAAUUGUUGACGAGACCCUUAAAAGUGCUCAACAGAUGAAAAAGCUGGACAAUUUGAGGGAACAGUUAGUGGACACUGAUGAUGAUCGCUCGGUUGAGCAAAUAGUUGAAGAAACUUUAAGAAGUGCCAAAUUGAAAUCAGGCACUUCUGAUUCUGACAAAGUGCACGUUAGGCAGGUUGAGAAAGAGGAUAGUACGGAAAUUCGUCCAGUUGCCUACUUUGUAAAAUUAGAUGAACAAACAAGUGGUGUUUCAGUCAAGAAACCAACUAAAAAAUCUGAACAAAAAUGUGAAGUAAAAUCUGAGCCAAGAAAAAUUGUGAGGGAAACUGUUUCAAAAUCAAAUUUGAAGGUUUCGCAGAAGAAAAAAAUAGUUAGUGAAAAGGAAAAACCUAAAAGUGAUUCAAAACCUGCAGCUAGUAUUCAACCAAAACCUAAAGCUACCUCUGCGGAGAAGAAUAUAGUUAGGAGGACAUCGGCUACGAGCAAACCUAAAUUGACAACUAAAACGGAGUCUAGACGAUCAGUGACAAGCUCAACUUCAACCACCACCAGUUCAGCUUCCGCUACCAGUCGUGUUAUAAGUGAAAUUCAUUUCGAAAGAUCUGCAAGCCCGGCAUCUAGCUCAAUAUUCUAUGAAAGUCAUCCGCAGGGCGACAACAGUCGUUCCACCACCCCCAGACCUAGGGUUAAGACUGACGUAACGCGAAUUCCAUAUAAUGCCUCUGUCCGAUCCUUCAGUCCCCAACCGCAGACCAAAACGACUAAGACAGCAAAAACAACUGUGAAACAAACUAAAUCAACUGCCACUCGAUCUACCAAGCAGCUUACGAUAAAAAGUUCAAAGAAGACUGAGAAAACUGGCAGCCAGGAGAACGUGGAUACUAAGCGAACGAAAACACCGACACCGUCUGCUACCCACAGAUACAUGCAGCCCACCCUGGCCCACAGCAUGCGUUACGGUUUGAGUGGCGAUGGCGAAAUUGGCCAUAGCAUAUCGCCAGCUCUGCCAAAGUCACCAGCACCACCCAAAUCACCCGCCCCGGGCCUCACUAAAAUUACUCACAGAACUACGACAAGUGCCUUGACAAAGUCCAAAUCCGUGGAUCCAAAACAAAAGAAACAAAUAGAUGAAAAGACGUCGACCCAGCCCCAAUCACAGAUACAGAUCAAAAGAGGUUCACAAAGCGAUAGCAAGGAAUCCCUGAAGAGCACAGACCGCCUUUAUAAGCGACAGAUAUCCAAGGAAAAUAAGCUAAACGUGACAGGCUCCAAGAGCCAAGCAACUAAAAGCAUGAAGACACAAUCAGUUAUUGCAUCCAAGACACUUGCCUACAGAACUUCCAUAGAAACCGACAACAAGCUUCUGAAAAAAUCCACAGCCACUAUACAGCGCACUAAAGUUCCGAUUAGCGUGUCUUCCAGUUCAAGGACUGCAACUAAGCAAAGCAAGAGUGAUGACACCGACAAGCGACCUCAGGUAGACAAUAAGAAACCAGUUAAACGAACGACAGCCAGAGCAGGUGAAGCCAGUGGCCCACCCUCUGCGAUCAACAAGACCAUGCAGGGUUCCAUGGAGCUGAAGCUUCAAAAGAAGAUGAAGGACUCGAUUAACGAGUCCAGUUCAGUAUCGAACUCAAACUCUGGAAGUGGCAGUACCAGCACUAGUGGAUCCUCAAACAGCACGCGGCGCAGCGUUCGCUCGGUGAGCACUGUCAGCCGGAAGACGGACAAGGAGCUGACCAAUAUCCGGCGUGCAGCAGGAGCUGUCGCGUCAACGUCCACAGUGCGAGUUCAUCGAGAACCGACCGCCACCACCAGCGCUGUCAGCACCGUACUCAUUGAUGACGACUGUGAGGUGAUAACCAUACGUUCCAUUAAAUCAAGCGAUAGUACAAAAAGUUCUAACUCAUCAUCCUCCGGUAGCGGCAGCAACAGUCGCAAAGUGCUUACCAGCGAGGUAUUCACUAAGACCUUUGGCCCCGACAAGCCACUCGAAGUGGUCUACCGCCAGCCCGAGUUUGAUGUAGAGCACCAUACCAUCAUGUCUGUCCGCCCACCAUCCACCAGUGGCGACCAGCAGCGGUGCCUGAACGAGUAUGAUGUCAGCUUCAUCGACACCACAGACUCCAGUCUCUCGGACUCCAUAGCCCUUCCCAUGUUCGGUACCGGCGAACCGGAGCGCCUGUUGGCCGCCAGCCCCGGCUCGCCCAAGCCAACCCGCAGCCCAUUGGCCCUCAUCGAAGAGACGCUACGUCGCCAGCAACUCCAUCAUCACCAUCCCCAGCAGCACCUCCAUAGCACCGCAGCUGUGGCUGUGGCUGGUGCCGCUGCCCUUGAUAGCUCGCUGCCGAUGCCCGGUAUGGGUGGUGAGAGUCAACGGGAGACGGAGGUGGAAAAGAUAAAUACAACAAAAGAAACCCUUCAAGAGAAACAUAUUGAACAACCCAUACUGGAUACCGCAAAGAUCUCAACCGAAAUCGGUGAUGUUAAAGUUGGUGGUGGUGAUGUAAGUGAUGGCCAAGAUCUUGUGGCGCGCAUUCACGAAGAAGCCAAUAUCCUAGUGGAUCGCGUGCUCGAAGAGAGCGUCGAGAUCAUUGAAAGUCACGGUCAUCAGGCCAACGGCCAGGAAACCGUUAAGCACGAUUACAACUCAGAAAGUGAGAAUUAUGCCAUUACUUGCGAUGACAUUUGUGGCGUCGAUGUCAUCAAAUCGCCCACUAUUGAGUCCAUGUCAGGCAAAUCGUUCGACGACAACAUGAGCUUCACCGAUGAGCACAUACAUUUACCCUUGCAUGCCCAAAACACAACCACCUCCACCACGACAACGACUAUUACCACUCAGUUCCAACAGCAGCAGGCCCAGGCAGGUGCCACAAGCUCAUCGACGGCAAAAGAAUCAGCUUCUGUACCCUCUGUACCGUUAGUACCUAGUCAAGAUCAGGCCGACGAGAAGACAGCAAUACGCGAACGGCGGAUCGAUCGCAAGAUCGAAAAGCUGUUAGAUGCGGACAUGGAAGAUGUGAGCGCCAAGUUCGACGAAGCGUUUGAGGCGACGGUGCCCGAAGAUGAGAUCAGCGCCUUGCAGGGCGACUUCUCCAAGCUCAGCUGGGAUGACAGUGUUUCGCCCACAACGAAUACCAUGGCAGAUAUAGGCCAGAACCAGAUAACGCCCGAUAACGAUAUUAAUGAUCUUGUCGCAGAAACAGGCGGCGAUUUACCGAUCUCAAGUGAAACCGAAACUACUCCCGUACCACCGUCGAAAGAAUCAGAAACUAAAACCGAAACUGAGCCGGCGGUAGAAACCAAUACAAUCACUACCACCAGCCAUGACACACCCACACCAAAACCACGUGUACUCAAAGCAAGCUCCCCAGUUUCCGAAGACACCGAUAGCACUACCAUUCCCGGUCCCGUUCCGGUGUCAAAGCCCGAUGCACCGAUUGACGUUAGUAUUGAGACGGCAGCGCCAGUUCCCAAGCCCCGUGCUCCCAUCAAGCACACGGAACCAUUUGAGAAUCUGGCCGCCCUUGCCGAGCAGUCCGAUAGCAUUAGCUUGCGUAGCUUUGAUUUCACCGAGGAGCUGUCCAAAACGGACGAGCCCUCCACCGAGAUUUCCCUUCGUUCCCAGCUGCGUGACGUGGUCACAACCACCACAACUACCACUGCCUCAGAGGAUAUCACUGAGAGCUUUGAACCGACGAGUGAAAUUUCAGUGGACGAUGCAGAUACUGAGAAAUCGGAGGGAGCUGAGAAAACCACUAGCUUCUAUAUUGGAGAGUCCAGCCGCAAUGUUAUCACUAAAACUUCAACAAGGUCCGCGAGUGUUACGCCUCAGGAGGAAGAGGCCCAGACCGCCAUCGGGAUUGAUGCCAAAGACGUGUCGCUGAUGAAGGAGGUAUCCGUGGACUCUGAUGAGGCCAAUGAUGUCUUUAAGGAGUAUGUCACAAUGAAGCCAGACGAACCAGCUUCAUUGGAUAGCAAGAUAGCUAGGCAGGGUUCCGAAACGAGAAAUGAUAUUCUUGAAUUUGAAAAUGCCGACAAGGAGAAGGCAGGCGAACCGAAACUAUCCAAAGUGACCACCGAGGAGAGCUUGACCACAUCGACUGGGUCCAGUGGACGGGCCAUCUUAGAAGUUGCGCCAUCGAGCAGCGAGGAUCCCGACGAGUCUGGCAAGGAAAUCCCAGAAAUAGUAAACACAAUCUCCGAAAAAACUGCCUCUUCAGAUAGGUUUGAGCUUCCUUUAGAAAAGAGCGAAUGGGAAACAUCGGAAAAGGAUAUUCCAACCACCGGUAAGCCAAAAGUAGUGCACUCGCCACAGCAGGCUCAAGCUACCACCGUUAAAAGCGAACUAGAUGAAUCAUUGGUCGAAGAGACUGUUUCUGAGGUUCACGAAAUUCAACAAGUAUCCCAGACUGGUGUGAAAUCCUUUAUUGAGGAUUCCCAGCAAGAGUUUGAUUACCAUGGCAUGCCCCAUGCACUUCCAACCUCCGCUGAAAGCGAAGACAUCUCAUCAUUUAUUGGUAUACCAGAAUCCAGCAUGUUAACAUCAACGCUCGAAGGCACCCAGCCACCAGAAGGACUCUUUGACACCACAAUUAAGGAAACCCUAAACAAGGAAGCAGCCAUGGCUCAUUACGCCCAGGAUGUGUUCGGAAGAGUAGAAAGGCGCGAUGAUCACGGAUCUCUUGGCUUUGUUUCCACUGGAACUGCAGAGGAGCUGAGCUCUAUGGAAGAUCACAUGGCCAAGGAGGAACAAGCUUCCCUGGGAUUUAUCUCCACAGAGACUGCGGAGGACUUUAGCUCAAUGGAGGAUUAUUACACCGAAAAGUUGGCCACUGCCAGUGUCGUCGCUGAGGAGAUUGCGGCUGACAAGUCGAUCACUACCAGCACCUUUGAGGAACUUACAUCAGACCAGUCCAUGAAGCCCGUAGAUGUAGUCGUUCAUCGGCUCAAGACGGAAUCUUCACCAGAUUCGACGAACCGCUGGUCCAUCCCCGAUGUGGAUAACUCCAGCUCAAGUGAGAGCUUCCACAAGAGUUUCGACAAGACCCAGAGUAGACCACUGUCCUCUGAUAUGGACAAUCUUUUGACCGCCACUGGUACCGGCACCUCAAGCGAAUACCAGACCGCCCGGGAGUUUACCUCCACUUGCAGAACAGAAGGUACUGAAUAUGUGAGCGCAGUGAGCACUUUGGGCAGCAGUAGCUUGGAUUCUCAGUCGGAAACCUCUGCCAAUUUCGCUAGCAUUGAUGUGUCCGAGCUUUCGGAGACUCUAGUGGCUUCAUCCGCCGAUGCAGAUGCUUUCGAAGCCGACGAGAUUUCAAAACUAAGGGACUUACGUGCCGAUGACGAGGAUAGCGAUGACAGUUUGGAGAUCCCGGAAAGCAAUUACCCGACAAGCGAACAGCAGAGUCUUAUGAAGCGCUCCCAAGAAAUGAUUUUCAAGCCAAAAACUGAAGAGCCUGUCGAAAUGGAGUCGGUCCAGAUCGAGGAGUAUCCGAAGCCCAAAGAAGCGGAACGCACCUGGGGACUGGCUUAUCCUCUAGAGGACAACAAAGUUGACAGCCCACGGGAGAGUGAAAAGGGCGAAGAUAUUCUCUUGUACCACAGUGACCCACGCCGCUCGAUCGAUGAACCAAAGUUGGCUUCUAGCUUAGACGAGGGAAGUAUCCUCUCGGUUAGCAUGUCGAGUACCUCGAAUAUUGACACCGUUGUGGAAAACUUUGACGAUAUUAUUGGAUCCGCAGGAUCUUCCUCACUGACUGGCAUUGAGGGCUUCCAGUAUGGGCAUGAUGAACAAGGUCCAUCGGCCUCGGUGCCAGAAGAUGCCACCUUUGUACUGGAAAUGGAAAGCAAAGAACAUUCUCCCCAGGAUUCUAAUGCUAGUACGCCACCAGGAGCAGAAUCCAAACGACGUGGACACAAGCGAAAUGAAAGCAUUUCAGGUGACGCUUUGAAGAAUCUGGACAAAGAAGUGGCUCUGCUGGGAGAAGGCAAGGAGUCAGAAAGUGAAUCGGACACGGAUCCCUAUGAGUCUGAAUAUGCCCGCCAGUUCCGAUCUCCCAAAGAGCGGAAAAACAAAAAGAAAAAGCAGGCAGCUGCCGAAAUGGAUCACAGUGCAGAGCUGGAGAAACGUCCGUUCACCCCCUCCCAGUUGGUAGCAGAGGUAAUCGUUGAGGAUAGCUUAACCGAGGAGUUGGAGGCUGAGGCCGCCAUGAUCGAAGAGCGUCGCCCCUCUCAAAACAUGCAGGAUUACUCAAAUAUUCCCGAUAUCAUGGUCACCGAGGAUAUUAAGUCUCCAAUUUUGGAGGAGGAAACCGAUGAGUUUCCCGAAAAAACUCUAUACAAGGUUCGCACUGAGGAGGAGCUCCACAAAGCUAGUGAUUCCUCCGUCUAUCAAAAAGCAAAGGCCGAAGAGAAGGAGCAGGACUUCCAGCGACGUGUUCAGGAACAAUAUCGACAGAAGCUCGAGGAGCUGAAGCGUGCCGAGAUCGGAGCUGAUUUCGAUGAUCGCAAGGCGCCCGAUUCCCCCGACUCCUUCGAAAUGGUUGAGCAGCCAGAUAUCUCAGAUGAGUUUGUGAUUAUCGAGGAAGUGGCCAAGGAAGCUGGCGAGGUGGAUCUCGGCGGUAAGAGCAUCAAGAUAAAGCCAAUCAAGUAUGAGCAGAAACACGACGAAGACGUCGAGAAAAUAAUCAUCAAAUCGGCGCCAGCAGAUCCCAAGCUUGGCUCCCAGCUGUACAAGGACGACCUGAACUUUGAGUUCGAGGAGAGUCCGCCGACAGGAGCCAGUAGCAGUAGCGAGCAGCCGGAGGAAAGCGACUCCAGCGACACGGCGGCGGCCAACAAGCGCUGGGUGGAGAUGCAACUGACGGACAACCAGCUGAGAUAUCCCUAUGAUCUCGCCGGAGCCGUUCUAGAGGAUAUCAAGGAGGAGGAUGGCGAGUUUGAGGUGGGCAGCAGCCGUAUCAGCAGCUUCAAGGACUCCUUUUCGAGUACGCCUGAGUACGACCUGGCGGCCCGUCGUUAUCACUCUCGGGGCGAACACGACGACGUAUCAAUGAGCAGUCUGCAGGAGUUCGAAUCCUUGGAGCAGGCAAUCUCUCUGGAGAAUCGCAAUCGAACACACCAGGGAUCGACAGAUUCCAGCAACGGUAGCUUCACCCGCCGCUACGUGGUGCGUCACAGUGGCAGUGGAACUGCCCCUGGCGACGAUGUGUCCAUUUCCAGUCUGAAAGAAUUCGAGGGCCUGGAGAACGCCUGUAUCGAAGCCCAUUUAAUUGAAAUCAAGGCGAGGGAGGAGGCAGCCCUGCUUUCUCGUUCCGACGAGUCUAACAAAUCGAAUGGCAGUGACAAGGGAGCCGCCGGCAAUGUAGUGGUCACUAAAGUCACCCGAACGGUAACCCGCACCGAUGUUGUGCCCUCGAGUCAGGCGGAAAACAUUGAAGCUUUGCUUAAAAAGAAACUUGAAUUGGAGGAGGGAGAAGCCAAGGUAGUUAAGAUCACAGAGGUGACCAGCACUACCACAGAGCUGGAGCCAAAGUCUAAGAUCGACAGCCAAGACUCCGAGAAGGAUAGCAUCGAUAGCAUGGAGAUUAGCAAGAGUGGCCAGGACAUGAUGACCAGCAGCAUCGAGAGCUUCGAUAUAUCGAAGGACGCCACCACGAGAUCGGACAUCGACUCGCUGGAAAUCGACAAGCGGCACUCGCGUCAGGAGAGCAUCGAGUCCUUCGGCGAUGAGCAGCUGGAUUUAAUGACAAAAUUCGUCAGUGGCGGUGGAGUGACGCUGGGCGAUGGCCUGACCACCACCACAACCACUACGACUACCAGCACGGAUGCCGAUGGCCACGAGCACACCGUAACGAGGGUGGUCACCACGACGACCACCGUGGGCGGUGGCGUUCAGGAGCUGCCACUGGACGAGAGCGGCAUGUCCAAGGACAUAUCUGUGGAUUCGCUGAACUUGUGCGUGGAACAGACCACCAGCUCAGCGGGAACCACAGCCACUUAUCAGACCAGUGCGGGCAAUUCGCAAAUGUCCGGCAGCGUCACCAGCUGCGCCUCGAGCACGCUGAUGGAGGACUCAUUCCCAGGUGUGGGUGGUAUGUCGUCGUCACAAAUGUCGGCCAGUUUCUGGUCGCAUGAUGAAUCUACGGUGGUCGAGGAUGAUAGCCACGACCAGACCAAGAAGCAGUAGGCGCUGGAUGAGAGAUGAUAGAAGAUGAGAU